AUGGACGGCGGCGAGGGCGAGCCGACCAAGUACCGCGGCGUCCGGCGGCGGCCGUGGGGCAAGUACGCGGCGGAGAUCCGCGACUCGAGCCGCCACGGCGUCCGCAUCUGGCUCGGCACCUUCGACACCGCCGAGGAGGCCGCCAGGGCGUACGACCGCUCCGCCUACUCCAUGCGCGGCGCCGGCGCCGUCCUCAACUUCCCCGAGGACGCGCGCGUCUACGCCGCCGCCUCCCGCGGCUCCGGCUCCGGCUCCUCCUCCAGGCAGCAGCAACAGCAGCAGCCCGGCGGCCGGGACGUGAUCGAGUUCGAGUACCUCGACGACGAGGUGCUGCAGGAGAUGCUCCGGAACCACGACGCCGACGGCCCGUCGUCGGCGCGGAAGAAGAAGUAGUCCGAUCAUCGAUCCGAUUUCGGAAUGCCGCUAUGUCUGCGUGGAUCAUUACAUUGUCGCAUGCAGUGACUAGCUUAAUCUGGAGCUGAAGGCCAGAAUAUACACCCGGCUGCCCCCUAAUUUCUAUUAUAUAUGCUGAUAGUAGCCCGACUAACUCU